AUUCUCAGUAAUUGUCUUAUAUUCAGCUGUUCUAGUUGUUUCAUGUAAAUAAUUUUAUUUAUUGCUAAAGCGCUUGCGCGAGUGAUUACGUAGUGUCGUUCUUUGCAGUGUUCCAAAUAUUCCAUUAUUUUUUUAUAAUAAACUUUCAUAAAAAUAUUAUAUUAUUUCUGAAAUAUUUUAUUUUUUAAUUGUGUGCAUAGUUUUAAGUGUAACUUGUUUUCAUAAAAAGAACGAUAUUAUACUGCAGAAUGGCUGAAGAGAAGGUCAAUGGAUAUCAAAAAGAAGAUUUACCUCUUGGGGUUAAGGUGGAAGAAAUAGAAAUUCCGGUACCAUGGGGCCACGUCGCGGGCCGAUGGUGGGGGCCGAAGAACAAGCAACCGAUGAUCGCAAUUCACGGUUGGCAGGAUAACGCCGGCACUUGGGACAAACUGAUACCUCUCCUCCCAGCCGCCACAUCUGUGCUCUGUAUCGAUUUACCUGGACACGGAUUGUCUUCUCACUACCCAACGGGUAUGCUGUAUUAUAUAUUCUGGGAUGGAAUUGUUCUUUUACGAAGAAUAGUGAAAUAUUUUAAUUGGAGUAAGAUAACGCUCAUGGGACAUUCGCUAGGAGGCGCUUUGAGUUUUAUGUAUGCAGCAUCGUUUCCUGACGACGUCGAUAGAAUUAUCUGCAUCGAUAUAGCGAGUCCGGCUGUGAGAGUGCCGGAGCAUAUGGUUAAGAAUACUAGUGGUAUGAUCGAGAAGAAUCUUGAAUACGAGAACUUGCCAGAGGAGAAAAUACCCUGCUACGAUUACGAAGAGAUGAUCGAUAUAGUCUGUGAAGCGUACAAGGGAUCAGUAUCGCGGGAGAAUUGCAAAGUUCUAAUGAAAAGGGGUAUGGCUCCGGUUCCAGCGCAUAUGAAGAAGAAAGGCUUUUACUUUAAAAGGGAUCCCAGGCUAAAGGUGGCUGGACUAGCGAUGAUGUCAAUCGAAACUGCUUUAGAAUAUGCGAGCAAAGUAACGUGUAAGGUUUUAAACAUAAGGGCUAUACCGGGUCAGAAGUGGGAGAGACUGGACUAUUACCUGGACAUAAUUGAAAAACUAAAACAAAACGCUGACGUUAAUUACAUCGAAGUAGAGGGAACACAUCACGUCCAUUUAAAUGCACCACAGAAUAUAGACACUAUCAUUGAAGAUUUCUUAGAACUUUAUUAGUUUAAUUUAUAGGCUUAAUUAAUACUGGUGAUAUUUAAUGUGAUGCAAUAAAAUAGGAUCAAAUGCACAAUAUACGUUUACGUUAAUAGAUAGUGCCUUUGAGGCGGUUUUAUAGAAGCCUUUCGUAAAUUAUAUUUAUCGACGGGUAAAAUUGUAAGGUAUUUCUUUCCAGUCUAGUAACACUUUUAUUAAUAAUAUUAACGCUAGAAUUGUUUAUGUAUUUAUUUUAUCGAAACGCAAUUUUGUAUUAAUUUGAAUUUCG